UCGUCUCAUCACUCAAACUCACACACUCCAAGCAAGAACUCAGCUUAGCUAGCUAGCAAUGGCCAGCGCCCUCGCCUUCGUCGCCGUCCUCCUCGCCGCCGCCGCCGCGGCGACCUCGCCGGCGGCGGUGGCGGCCACCACGCUGACCAUCCAGAACCUGUGCCCGCACCCGGUGUGGCCGCUCGUCACCCCCACCUCCGGCCAACCCAUCUCCGACAACACCGCGCGCCUCGACCCCAACUCCCUCAUCUCCCUCGCCUUCCCGCCCACGCCGUGGUCCGGCCGCGUCGCCGCGCGCACCGGCUGCGACGCGGCGGCGUCGCCGCCGGCCGGGUGCGAGACCGGCGCCUCGCCGCCGUCCACCGUGGCGCAGCUGAGCGUCCACGGCGGCGGCGACGUCGCGACGUACAGCGUCAGCCUCGUGGACGGCUUCAACGUGCCCGUGGUCGUCAGCCCGCAGGCCGUCGGCGGCGGCCAGUGCCCCGCCCUCGGCUGCGUCGUCGACCUCAACUGCGACUGCCCGCUGGGGCAGCGGUUCUCCGACGGCGCCGCCUGCCGCGGCCCGCCGGAGUACUUCAAGGGCCGGUGCCCGCAGACGAGGACGACGCCGGGCGACGUCGAGCCCGUGCCGCAGAGCUGCCGCUCCCCCGGCGAGCUCAAGGUCAUCUUCUGCCCGCCCACCAUGCUCACCGCCGCCGCCGCCGCCGCCGCCAGCGACAUGCUCAUCCGUACCGUCGUCGCCUCCAGCUAGAUCGCUCGCUUCGCCGGCGAGACGACGGCGAGAAGAGAAAUCCCGUGCCUAAUGCUGACGCAUGCAUGGGCUUAAUAAUAAAUUAAUUAAUCAAUUAAGCUGUGGCUUUGAGCAUGUUAAUUACUACUUAAUUAAUCUUAAUUAGCAUCGAUCUGUGGCUGUGGAGAUGUAAUUAGCUCGAGCUUUGGCUUGGAGCAUACUUGGUGUUCGUCUGUGUUGUUUUUCGAUGUGCUACGCCAUUAGCAAUGGCUAGCAAAAAAUAAUCAAUCAGUAUGAAAUUUCUCGUGUUGUGAUGAAUUUA